AUGGCUCACCAAACCCACAUCCCGGACGAGAAGCUCAUCUCUUACGAUGCGCAGACCCAACAAUCUUGUACUCCCCGACAACUAGAGAUUUCAACAGCACCAGACGGUGGUCUCCACGCAUGGAUGACCGUCGCGGCAGCAUGGCUCGUUAGCUUUGUCGGUUUCGGCGUCGCGACGAUAUGGGGCGUGUUUCAGGAUGCGUACGCAUCCCAGUCGAGCUCGUCGUUCCGCAACGUCAGUGUGCUCAAGCUUGGUUUCGUCGGCGGAUGUGCUAUGGGCUUUGGUUUUUCCUUUGGCCCUUUAUCUAACGUCCUCGUCUCGAAAUUCGGCAUACGCGCCCCAAUUGCCCUAGGCAUCCUUCUCAUCGUCAUUUCCUUCGAGCUUGCGUCCAUAUCUCACAAGUACUGGGAACUCUUCCUAUCUCAAGGCAUCCUGUUUGGACUCGGGAUCUCAUUGUCAUGGAUCCCUUCAAUUGCUCUCCCAUCCCAAUGGUUCAAGAAGAGGCGGAGUCUUGCGUCAGGUAUUGCCAGUUCGGGAACCAGUAUUGGCGCAGUCGUCCUCUCGCCCGUCUGUCAGGUUCUCAUCGAUCGGACGUCAGUGCAAUGGGCGCUGCGAUUCCUCGGGUUUCUGGCCCUUAUUGUCGGAAUCCUAGCGACUCUUCUGGUAAGGCAGCGUGGAGUCGCCGAGAAGCACAUUCAGUACCGCAUCUUCGACUUGUCCGUCUUACGGAUUCCGGGCUUUGCCUUGUACCUCGCAUUCUGCUUCCUCCAAUUCUUUGGCUUCGUUACUCCUUUGUUCUUCAUUCCAAGUUAUUGUACUGUGAUUGGCCUAUCUGCGACGACAGCAUCUGGGGUCUUAUCCGUGACAACUGCCCUGAAUGCCGUUGGACGAAUCAUCGCUGGAUUCAUGGCUGAUAGAGUUGGGCCCUUGAACGUCCUGAUUGUCCUAUAUGUCCUCACGGGACUCAUGUGUAUAUUCAUCUGGCUCUUUGCCAACAGCGUCGGAGUGAUGAUGGCAUUCGGCAUUUUAUGGGGCCUAUUCAGCGGACCUUACUGGUCUCUCGCCGUACCCACAACAGCUAAGAUUGUUGGCAUGGAGAAGCUCGGCUCUGCGGUUGCAAUACAGUUUCUUAUGAACGUCAUUCCCCCGAUUUUCGCGGUACCCAUCGGCUCCAGACUCAUCGCUGAGACUGCGGCUAUGUAUCAGAUACCGGAGGAGAGUGGGAAGGCGUACCGAUUCCUUAUAAUUUGGUGUGCCCUGGUACCCAUACUAGCUGCGACACUGCUUGUUCUUGUACGCUUGAGGUUCAGCAAAAGACUCUGGGUCAAGGUGUAG